AUGUCAGGAUCAGCUGGAUUUGAUAGACAUAUCACUAUAUUCUCCCCAGAGGGAAGGUUAUACCAAGUUGAGUACGCUUUCAAAGCCAUCAAUUCGUCAAACAUCACCUCAAUUGGUGUCACGGGACAAGAUUCAGCAGUUAUUAUUUCGCAAAAGAAGAUUCCUGAUAAAUUGUUGGAUGCAAAGACUAUAUCCUACAUUUUCAAAAUCACUCCUAGCAUAGGUAUGGUUGCCACUGGAUCGAUAGCCGAUGCCAGGGCUCAAGCAAUGCGAGCACGUGGCGAGGCUACUGAAUUUAGGUACAAAUAUGGUUAUGAAAUGCCCGUUGAAAGUUUGAGCAAAAGAAUGGCCAACUUGUCACAGUUGUAUACUCAAAGAGCUUAUAUGAGACCAUUGGGUGUAGCGUUAACUUUUGUUCAAGUCGAUUUUGAAGAUGAGGGGAGGGGACCACAAGUUUUCAAAUGUGAUCCUGCUGGAUACUACACCAGCGUUAAAGCUGUAGCUACUGGUCCAAAACAACAAGAAGCAACAACUUAUUUGGAAAAAAAGUUUAAAAAGACUGAUUAUGUUAAAGGUGAUUGGAAGGAAACUGUUGAUUUUGCCAUCACCGCAUUGAGUUCAGUAUUGGGAACAGAUUUUAGAAAAAAUGAUAUUGAAAUUGGUGUUGCUACUGAAGGGGAAUUUAGGAUCUUGACGCCGGAUGAAAUAGACGAGAGACUUGUUGCUAUAGCUGAACAAGAUUGA